UUACCGUUUGUCCGCGAGCCCACGAAGCACGAAAGAAGCUUCGAGAAGCCCUCUCGUGUCGUGUUCUCCUUUCUUUGUGGGGAAAAGAAGCGGACGACGGCGAUGGUGGUGGCGGACGGGCUCCACGGAGACGCGGUCGCCGACGAUAUCUUCGCCAGCGACGGCGACCUCCAGGCCUUCUUUCAGCAGGCGGAGCUGGAGGUGCCGGCUGGCGGAGGCGGGGGCGGCCGGGGGGCGGUGGAGGAGGAGCUCGAGUGGCUGUUAAACGAGGACGCGUUCCCGGCGGUGGAGACGAUGGAGCCGAAGCAGGCGGUGAUGGGGCGUCGGACGGCGGCGGCUGAGCCGGGGCAGCGGCGGUGCCAGCACUGCGGGACGACGGAGACACCACAGUGGCGGCAGGGACCGGAGGGCCGUGGCACGCUCUGUAACGCGUGCGGCGUCCGGUACAGGACCGGCAGGCUGCUGCCGGAGUACCGGCCCGUCAACAGCCCCACCUUCUCCCCACAAGUGCACUCCAACAGACACCACCGCGUCGUGGAGAUGCACCACCGCCGGGGUUCGUCAGCCAGAGACACGAAUGCCGGGCUGGAGGUGACGGCUGGGGCAGGCGGCGAGGAGGCAGCGGCGGAGGAGGAGCUCGAUUGGCUGUCGAUGAAGGACGCGUUACCGGCCAAGGAGACGACAGAGCGGAAGCCGCCGGUGGUGGGGCCUCAGACCAUGGCGGCGGUGUACCGGCGGCGACGGGCACUAGCGUCGAGCCCCUCGCCCACAUGGCCUUCUGCGGGGGGUGUACCACUACCAGGGCAGAGACGGUGCCGGCACUGUUCGACGACGGAGACGCCGCAAUGGCGUGAGGGACCGGAGGGCCGCGGCACGCUGUGCAACGCGUGCGGCGUGAGCUACGGGAAGGGCCACCUAGUGCCGCAGUACCGGCCGCUGAGCAGCCCCACCUUCUCCCCGGAGCUGCACUCCAACAUACACCGCCGCGUCCUCCAGAUGCAACUGCCGGUGCCGGGCAACAUCUAUUCGAUUACACAGUGAUGAUCGGUGUUCUUUUGGAGACUUAUGCUUUUUUGGCGCUCUUCAUGUGGGUUUAACCUCGUGCUCCAUCUUCAUUAGUACCGCUGUUUAGGAAACAAUUUCUAGUGGUUAUUAGCCAAUGCUAGAUAGUGUACCGUUUUUCAUGGUAGCAACAUGAAUAUGCACAAUCGAAUGCUUCAGAUUUCAGAAUGUGCGGUGCAAAUAACUCUAGGAGUACAUGAAAUGUACUAUGCAGUCGCUACUUUUUCCUUGCCGCAUAAGUCCAGUCAAGGAAUCGAAGGUGUGUGACAAAUCCAACCUGUAAUUCCCUUACCCUCUUUGGCAUUUGUAGAACACAGGAGAUUUACUGCCAAGGUCACAUACCAAGUUAUCUAUAUUGA